AGCCACUACUCUAGGACCCAGUCCUGGCGCCUUGGUCUCCGCGGUGCGGCAUUUCCCGGUGGCGGAUCGCUGCCUCGGGAUCGGGCGCAUGAGCCAGCUUUCAUAGUAGUGUGCGAGGAGCCCCGAGGGUGCCGCGCCCCGAUCUGAGAUACAGUGACCAGGAGCUAAGCUUUGGGAUGUGACAGAAUGAUGGACAACAAGGAUUUAGAAGCUGAAAUCCACCCCUUGAAGAAUGAAGACCGAAAAUCACAGGAAAAUCUGGGGAACAGGUUGAAGAAUGAAGAUAACUUGAAAAGCACACCUCCACAGACCCGGCUGUCCCGCUGCCGCACCGUGGCGUUCUUCCUGUCGUUGUUUACCUGCCUUUUCGUGGUGUUUGUUGUCUCGUUCAUCAUCCCGUGUCCAGACCGACCAGAGUCCCAGCGAAUGUGGAGGAUCGAUUACAACGCAGCAGUUACCUAUGACUUUCUGGCCAUGGAAGACAUAAACAGGGACAGGAUCCAAGAUGUUGUCUUUCUUUAUAAAAAUACCAACAGCACUGACAAUUCCAACCAAUCCUGCGCUGACGAAGGCUUCUCCUCUCCCUGUGCCUUCGUGGCUGCCGUGUCAGGGGCCAAUGGCAGCGUGCUCUGGGAGAGGCCUGUGGCCCAAGACGUGGCCUUGGUGGACUGUGCUGUGCCCCGGCUGUCAGAUGGCAAGUCGUCUGCCUGUGUCCUUGUGGGAAGACCCAGUUCUCUCACUGCAGUGGACCUGCUUACAGGGGAGACCCUGUGGAGCCAACCCAGCAGCUUUGGUGGGAAUGCCUCUGUCCUGAGCCCUCUGCUCCAGGUGCCUGAUGUCGAUGGUGAUGGGGCUCCAGACCUGCUGAUCCUUACCCGGGAGGCCACGCAGGUCAGUGGGUACAUCUAUUCAGGCAGCACUGGGCGCCAGAUUGGCCACAGAGGCAGCCUCGGUGUGGACGGAGACAGUGGCCUGCUCCUCCAUGUCACCCGGACGGGCGCGCACUACAUCCUCCUGCCCUGCGAAAGUUCCCUGUGCAGCUGCUCUGUGAAGGGUCUCUAUGAGAGGGUGACUGGGAGAGAGAGCCCCUUCAAGAGAGACCCCCUCUGGGAGAGCAUGCUCAACACUUCUGCCACCAGGCAGCUUCUGCGCAGCUCUGGAGCAGUCCGUUACUUGAUGAGUGUUCCAGGGAAAUCUGGCCAGGACUUGCUCCUUGUGAGCUCUGAGGCCUGUGUACUCCUGGAUGGACAGGAGCUGACACCCAGGUGGACCCUCGGUGAAGUCCAGGUCAUGAGAAAACCCAUCCUUGGCCACUACAAGCCAGACACCUUGGCCGUGGUCAUUGAAAAUGGAACUGGCACUGAUAGACAGAUCCUGCUUCUGGACCUUGGCAGUGGGGCUGUCCUGUGGAGACAGGCCCUCCCCAGCUUCCCUGGAGGCCCACCUUCUGCCAGUCUGCCAACUGCUGACCACCGCUCGGCCUUCCUCUUCUGGGGCCUCCAUGAACUAGCCAGCACCAAUGAGAUGGAGCCCAGAGUCGCCCAGCACAGUCUGUACAUGUUCCACCCCACCUUGCCCAGCGUCCUUCUGGAGCUGGUCAACAUCUCUGCCCACAUCAUUGCCUUCGAUGGUGAGUGUGGUCGUGGGCCCGGGCACCCAGGUCUGCUCUGGCUGACCCUGAGAGGCUCUAACAGCUUCUCCCCCACAGCGCUCCUGUUUGAGCCGAGUCGCCAUGCUGCCUAUGUCCUCCUGACUGGCCCAGCAAGCCCCAAUGUGCCUGGCCUGGUCUCUGUGACCAAGCACAAGGUACGGGACCUUGUCCCAGGCAGCAGGGUGAUUCGCCUGGGUGACGGCGGGCCAGACAGUGAUCAGGCCAUCAGGGACCGCUUCUCUCGGCUACGGUACCGAAGCUAGGUAUAAAUGGAACCAGCUGCAGCACGUGGAAAGACUCCAACUGCAGAAGCCAGGCACCCUGGGAAGUGGGCCCCUCCCUCAGCCUCCUAUAGAAUCCCCACUCUUGACCUGGUGACCACUGUCCACUUGGGAGCCACGGCCUUACUGGUCACGACCGAGGAUGUACAUGGGGUUGCUCAGGCCCCUGACCCAGCACUCCAUGUGCACACUGAGCUGCACUGGGUUUCACUAUGCCCUGAGGGUCUUAGCAGGCCAGGGUGCCCCUGCAGCCUCCUGGGCUGUGAGCAGAGCUCACCUUGUGGCAUGGCAUCCUUGCUCUGUGCCCUCUCCUUGCCAGCUUCUCCCAGGCCAGAUAAGCCACUGUAGAAUGUGCAACUCCCAGGCCUGAUCUGCGUGCCCCUCCUCUUCUUGCCUGGGCCCCCCUCUGCACUGACCCCUGGGAUCAUGAAGAUCAGAGGAUGGGUGCUGGGGAAGGCCUGAGGCCUUGCAGCCCUCCAGGCCUACCCAGAGCAGAGGAAGCAGCUCCCAUGGGGGGAGAGGAAUAGGGAUCUAGAGUGGGGGUGCCCCCUACAGGUGGGCAGGGGGCCUGCACCACAGCUCACAGGUGUCCUUACUGCAUCCACUUGGUGUCAGUCUGUGCCCUCCGCACACAGGAGCUACUGUCUAAUAGAGGCCCCAUGUCCCUGGGCAUGGGAGCACCUCCUGCCCCACUUCCUGGUGCUCAUCUGAUGUAGGACUCACUCUGUGCCUUGUCGCUCCUGAGGCCCAAGGGCAACUGCUGUGCUCUGCAAGGAGCAGCCCUGCCCAGUCCAGAACCUGAGCUCUGUAGCAAAGAGCCUGAUGAUGCCAGUCACCACAGAAACUACAGAAUAAACGUGCACUGUCUCGAAGA